AUGUGGCCGAGUCCGUCGGGUCAGACACUGAGGACGCUUUUAUUCUGUCUCGUCUUCUCUCUGCAAGGAGGAGGAGUACACUGUGGCCUAGAGAUCUCACUCCCGGGCCCCCCAGUGGUCAAUGCCAAAGUGGGCAGUAAUGUAACACUGGCCGUUGCCCUCAUCGGUGCCCCUGACCCGGAAGUGACAUGGCUGAUGGGCACUUUACCGGUGGUCACCUGGAAGAUUGGUUCCCAAAGUACCCCAGAUAUACCCGACAUCCACAACGAGGUCCUGAAGGUUGAGCCAAAUGGAUCUCUUACUUUUGUUAAUGUGCAACUUUCUUACAGCAACAACUACACCCUGGAAAUAACGAAAGCAGGACUGGGUCAAGCAGCCGCAGUUUUCAGUUUAAAAGUUUAUGACUCCAUCCAAAAUGUGACUGUGAGCACAGAGCCUGACUACGCCACAGAGGGGUUGGAGCAGUUCACACUGCAGUACAGCACACUUGCAGGUGUGGCUGACAGGUGGAUGUGGUCCUUCAACGGUGUGGAGAUAAAGACUGACUCGCAUUACACGGUGGGGCAGAAGAAACUUGUGAUCAUUCAGCCAAAUAGAAACGACACGGGACAGUACACCUUGGUCCUGAUGAACCCUUACAGCCACGCCGUGGCACGCAAGAACAUCACUGUGCUCUUUGGACCAGAUGAACCGGUGGUUGAAGCCAGUCCGGCGAAGCCAUUUUACGUGUCUGGGGAUUCACUCAACCUCUCCUGUCAGGCUCAGGGGUUCCCACACCCUUCUACCAAAUGGGUCUUUGGUGGUCAGACCCUCUCCAGUUCCCCCAAAGGAGUUCUGAAUCUGACCAAUGUGCAGAUUAGUCAAGGAGGCGUAUACACUUGCAUGUUGCUAAACGAAAAGACUGGAGCGAAGCGUCAGAAGAAUGUCAUUGUCAAGGUUUACGAGUGGCCCUUGGGGAGCCCGUUGUGCUCUGUCCAGUCAGUUAAUACCAGUGCCCUACAGUACCACUGUCGCUGGGCAGGGGGUACCCCAAAAGCCCAACUCUCCUUCCCAGCCCUGAGUAACGGCAGCAGUGAGGCCGAGGACCUCCGGCUGACUGUGAACGCCUCAGAGGAGCUGGAUGGAAAAACUGUGUUUUGCUUGGCAGACCACCCGCUCCGACGAAAUACCUGCAACAUCACAACACGAAGUCCAGCCAGGUUCUUGCCACGAGUCAGAACCACGGUUGACUUGGAUGGGAAAAUCAUGGUCGCUAUCCGCUGCGUGACCGAGGCUUCACCCGGGCUCGUGGUGUCGUGGUUCAGAGGGGGCAAGGCUUUAAACAACAGCACCAGAUACCAGAUCAGCGUGGACACCACGCAACUCGUUCUUCGAGAGUUCAACAUCAGCAGCUCUCUCCUCCAAAACUACACCUGCAUCUGCCACAACCCGCUGGGUCGCCGGAGACGGGACACCAGGCUGCAGGGCCCUGCCAUCUCAGAUUCCAGUCUGUUCCCUAAUCAAGAUGGAACGGUGGUCACGCUGACCUGGGAGGUCCCGCCCACCUCUGUUGUUACCGGUUUUGACAUUCAGAUGAAGGGCCCAGAUCUCCUCAGCCACAGUCAGAACCAGAACCAAAGUAAAAGCCGUUCAAAGGAAUAUCGCUCCAUCCAGCGGAAACCAGGCACCGCCCGCAGUACCGACAUCUUGGUUCUCGACCCAGAAUCAACAUAUCGGUUCCGGAUCAUCCCCAGUGCCGGUUUGACUGUAGGACAUGCAUCUGAGAGCCACAGAAUCGGACCGGGGCUGAGUGGUCCUGCCAUUGCUGGCAUUGCAGCUGGAAUUCCCUGUAGCCUCCUCUUGCUCCUCCUCCUCAUUGGCCUCAUUUACCUCUGUAUUUAUCGCAAUAGGAAGAGAGAUCGACAGACAAGAUAUCCAGUAUCCAGAGCUGUGGAGAAGGCGGUGGGGACCCAACCAGACAGAACGCCUCACAGCUUGCUGACGGGGGGGCUGAAGCCUCUGCCUGACUACAACAGACUCCGGGUAGACCAGACUCCGUCCGAGAGGUCUGUGCCGCUCCCUACCUUUGUCCCUCCUCCACCUGUAAGAACUGCGACGACUGUCUGAAGGACCGCCAUUUGUUUUUAUGCGCUUUGUUUUACAUGUUAGUAUUACUGUCACCAUCCUACGCUUCACUGACACGAUUCAUAC